GGCAGGAGGCGCCGCGGGGAUCCCGGGGCGGCCGAGGGCCCCUGACUCUGUUCGCCCAGACAAGAUGGACCGGAUGGCCAGCUCCAUGAAGCAGGUACCCAACCCGCUGCCCAAAGUGUUGAGCCGGCGCGGGGUUGGUGCUGGGAUGGAGGCUGCGGAGCGCGAGAGCUUCGAGCGGACUCAGACGGUCAGCGUCAAUAAGGCCAUUAAUACGCAGGAAGUGGCUGUGAAGGAAAAACAUGCCAGGACAUGUAUUCUGGGCACCCACCAUGAGAAAGGGGCGCAGACCUUUUGGUCUGUGGUCAACCGACUUCCUCUCUCCAGCAACGCCAUGCUGUGUUGGAAGUUCUGCCACGUGUUCCACAAACUUCUUCGAGAUGGGCAUCCAAACGUGCUGAAAGACUCUCUGCGAUAUAAAAAUGAAUUAAGCGACAUGAGUAGAAUGUGGGGCCACCUGAGCGACGGGUAUGGACAGCUGUGCAGCGUCUACCUCAAACUGCUGAGAACAAGGAUGGAAUACCACACCAAAAAUCCCAGGUUCCCGGGCAACCUCCAGAUGAGCGAUCGGCAACUGGAUGAAGCCGGAGAAAGUGACGUUAACAACUUUUUUCAGCUCACAGUGGAGAUGUUUGAUUACCUGGAGUGCGAACUAAACCUCUUCCAGACUGUGUUCAACUCCUUGGACAUGUCACGUUCAGUGUCCGUCACCACAGCUGGCCAGUGCCGCCUCGCACCACUCAUUCAGGUCAUCCUGGACUGCAGUCACCUCUAUGACUACACUGUCAAGCUUCUCUUCAAACUCCACUCCUGUCUUCCAGCUGACACCCUGCAGGGCCACCGAGACCGCUUCAUGGAGCAGUUCACAAAGUUGAAAGAUCUGUUUCAGCGCUCCAGCAACCUGCAGUACUUCAAGCGCCUGAUUCAGAUCCCCCAGCUGCCUGAGAAUCCACCCAACUUCCUACGAGCUUCGGCCCUGUCAGAGCACAUCAGUCCUGUGGUGGUGAUCCCGGCCGAGGUGUCAUCUCCAGACAGUGAGCCUGUCCUGGAGAAGGAUGACCUCAUGGACAUGGACGCCUCCCAGCAGAACUUGUCUGACAACAAGUUUGAUGACAUCUUCGGCAGCUCGUGGAGCAGUGACCCCUUCAAUUUCAACAAUCAAAAUGGCGUGAACAAGGACGAGAAGGACCACUUGAUUGAACGCCUGUACAGAGAGAUCAGUGGAUUGACAGGACAGCUGGACAACAUGAAGAUUGAGAGCCAGCGGGCCAUGCUGCAGCUGAAGGGUCGCGUGAGUGAGCUGGAGGCAGAGCUGGCCGAGCAGCAGCACUUGGGACGGCAGGCUACGGAUGACUGCGAGUUCCUGCGCACGGAGCUGGACGAACUGAAGAGGCAGCGAGAGGACACGGAGAAGGCGCAGCGCAGCUUGACUGAGAUAGAAAGAAAGGCCCAGGCCAAUGAGCAGCGGUAUAGCAAGUUAAAAGAGAAGUACAGUGAACUGGUGCAGAACCAUGCGGACCUGCUGCGGAAGAAUGCAGAGGUGACCAAACAGGUGUCCGUGGCCCGGCAAGCCCAGGUGGAUUUGGAAAGAGAGAAAAAGGAGCUCGCAGAUUCCUUUGCGCGUGUAAGUGAACAGGCCCAGCGGAAGACUCAAGAGCACCAGGAUGUUCUAGAAAACCUGAAGCAGGAACUGGCCUCCAGCAGACAGGAGGUGCAGGUCCUCCAUAGCAGCCUGGAAACUUCUGCCCAGUCAGAAUCAAAAUGGCUGGCGCAGAUCGCAGAGUUGGAGAAGGAGCAAGGCACCUUGGCGACCACCGCCACUCAGAGAGAGGAAGAGUUAUCAGCCCUCCGAGACCAGCUGGAAAGCACCCAGAUCAAACUGGCCAGUGCCCAGGAAUCCAUGUGCCAGCAGGUAAAGGACCAGAGGAAAAUCCUCUUGGCUGGGACCAGGAAGGCUGCGGAGCGUGAGAUACAGGAGGCGCUGAGCCAGCUGGAAGAGCCCGCCCUUGUGAGCUGCGCAGGAUCCACAGAUCAUCUUCUCUCCAAAGUCAACUCUGUUUCCAGCUGCCUCGAGCAACUGGAGAAGAACCACAGCCAGUAUCUGGCUUGCCCAGAAGAUAUUAGUGAGUUUCUGUACUCCGUAACCCUGCUUGCCCACUUGACCAGUGACACCAUCAUUCAGGGGAGUGCCACCAGCCUCCGGGCCCCACCGGAGCCAGCCGACUCUCUGACGGAGGCCUGUAGGCAGUGUGGCAGGGAAACCCUGGCCUACCUGUCCUCCCUAGAGGAAGAAGGGGCCGUGGAAAAGGCUGACGUCACAGCCAUAAGGAACUGCCUCAGCAAGAUCAAGACCAUUGGCGAGGAACUGCUGCCCAGGGGCUUAGACAUCAAGCAGGAAGAGCUGGGUGACCUGGUGGACAAGGAGAUGGCAGCCACUUCAGCUGCCAUUGAAGCCGCCACCACCCGGAUAGAGGAAAUUCUCAGUAAAUCCCGGGCAGGAGACACGGGAGUCAAGUUGGAGGUGAACGAGAGGAUCCUCGGCUCCUGUACCAGCCUGAUGCAAGCCAUCAAGGUGCUCAUUGUGGCCUCCAAGGACCUGCAGAAGGAGAUAGUGGAGAGUGGCAGGGGUACCGCAUCUCCUAAAGAAUUUUACGCCAAGAACUCUCGGUGGACAGAAGGGCUCAUCUCUGCCUCCAAAGCUGUUGGCUGGGGAGCUACCGUCAUGGUGGAUGCUGCCGAUCUUGUGGUCCAAGGCAAAGGGAAGUUUGAGCAGCUGAUGGUAUGCUCGCGUGAGAUUGCUGCCAGCACAGCCCAGCUCGUGGCUGCAUCCAAGGUGAAAGCUAACAAGGGCAGCCUCAAUCUGACCCAGCUGCAGCAGGCCUCUCGGGGAGUGAACCAGGCCACAGCUGCCGUGGUAGCCUCAACCAUUUCCGGCAAAUCUCAGAUUGAGGAAACAGACAGUAUGGACUUCUCAAGCAUGACACUGACCCAGAUCAAGCGCCAGGAGAUGGAUUCCCAGGUUAGGGUGCUGGAGCUGGAAACUGACCUGCAGAAGGAGCGUCAGAAGCUAGGAGAGCUUCGGAAGAAACACUACGAGCUGGCUGGCGUGGCUGAGGGCUGGGAAGAAGAAGGGACAGAAGCAUCACCUUCUACUGUUCAAGAAGCAGUACCGGACAAAGAGUAGAGCCAAGCCAAUGGCCCACACAUCAGAAUUCCUUUGCAUUUUGUCCUUUGCACAAACUUGUGAGCAUCUGAACUCCGCUGGAUUCCAUACCAGACUGAUGUCUGAGUCCACUGCUGGGAAGAACACGAUGGAGCAGCCAGCCUCCACGCUAUGCUUUUGGCAGUUCGACGGGUCCCCUAACUGCUUGUUAAUUAGGUGGUCGUUUGGGUCUUUUGGUUUCCUGAUUUUGAAGUUUCACACAGCCAACUUUCCCAGAAAGGGUUCCAACCCCCCAGCCCCACCCUGAGCUCUGAGCCUUCUGAGAGGAGGCCCCCCACCACCACCAUACACCCCGGGGCGGCUCAGGCUACGCUUUGGUGCUUCAGCUCAGCAAUUCCAUCAGCCAAGGCUACUCCCCAGGGUGACAGCUCUCCUUGGAAGUCUGAAGCUGAGCUAGUGCCUUUACUCUCCGACCUGGAUGCCAGCCCAAGGCCUCUGUCCGCCUUCACAAGCCGGGGAGCACCAGAGUUGAAAAAAAAAAAAAAAAAAGAAAAAGAAAAGAAAAGAAAAUGGUGCCAGGGGCCCAGCUGUUCAGGGGACAUUUUUCUUAGGCUCCUGUCACCAGGUUCACACCCAUCCUAUCACAUGCUGGAAUGGAGCUGGUGUGAACAGCAACACUACAUCCCCAGAGCAGACUUCCUGUGCCAUGGGUCACCUCCUGUCAAACCUAGGCAAGGCCCUGAGAGGAGCAAAUAUAAAGGAACCGAAAUGGGUCCUUUCCCGUCUGCCUGCUUCUGUAUCCUAUUGAACCAGAACAAGAUGGUUCUGUGUGCUACUUACCCAACAGGCCCGCAGGAUCAGACCCACUUGCUCCUGUCAGGAAAUGAACUCGGCUCGGUGUAAGACUUCAUAUUUAUUACUAACAAUCUUUCUGCAGCACCUGCCCCAGAGAUGCUUGGAGCAAUCAGGACCAAGGGUGACUGGCCAGGCGUGCCCUCUGCCAUCAAGUCUUGACAGAUCACAGAGCUAACGCACCAUCCCUGGGCAUUUCCAGGCUUGGAUUCCAAAGCAGGCAGGUUCCUCAAAGCAUUGAGGAACAGGGCAAAGGAGAAAGGGGACCACUGGCUAUGACACAGUCCCUAUCACCACCCUCCCACUCUUGCCACCAUGCAGACAGGAUGAGGACAGAGGGCACCCUGCCUAGACACAAACAGACAGCACUUUGCAUCUCCCAAAUGGACCCCUGAAUUAAGUGACCUUGUGAUUUGUAGGGUGGGGCAGGGAGGUGGCUUCUUCUUUAUAUGUAGUAACACAUAUGUGGCAGCCAGUGAGCACUUCUUUGAGCCUAUUUCCAUGGGGCCAGGCUCAGCUUUGCUGGGUAAUGUUUGAUCACUGUGAAUCAACCUUCUUCCUGCCCCACUCACUCCCACCCUGUCCCCAGUGGGCACUCCAAAAGUUCCCAGAGACCCAGAUGACUGCUGUGACAUGUGACCUCCACACUGGGCUAAAAGAGUUAUCUGCAUUAGAAAUGGGCCCAUUCUGGUGUCAGAAGAAUGUUUCUUGGGUCCAAGGACUAGAACACGUGACGAGUGGCAUUGUCGCCUUGUUUGUGCCAAUGCAGCCAGUCCAUGUGUUCAGUCAGCUUUUCCAAUGGUGACCAUAAGAGUCCUUGCUUCUAGAGUCAUACCCAUGUGUCCCAUCGAGAGGAGAUCAAACACACAGGAAUAGAUUGGGGUUCUCUGAAUGAAUGAUGAGCCCAUCUGGAAAGCCGCUGUCAUUUAAAAAACCCCAGUAAACUCUGCCUGGGUAGUGAAACAGUGAAGAGCCCCCAGCAUGAUGUCAGUCAGCAGCACAGAAGGUUCCCUACCUGCUUCAUGUGACAUCAGGACUUUGUCAUAGCUCAAGUCAGAAGCUGCCUCUCGCUAGCCAGGCUGGCUAGUGCACGCCUAUAACCCUGGCACUCAGAAGACAAAGGAAAAUCCUGAAUUCACGUACCUUGUCUCAAAAAAAAAAAAAAAAAAAAAUUAAGGACAGGUUAUAUAUGUUUGUGCAUAGAGAUUUAUAUAAGUGGUUUUUGGUGACAGGGUCUUACUGCAUAGUCCUGGCUGGCCUUGAACCAGCUACAUCCACCUUAUUGUCCUUGAGGUCACUGAGAUUCCCCUGCCUCUGUCUCUCAAGUGCUGGGAUCAAAGGUGUGAACCA